UUUCUUCACGCGUGCGCAAGGAGACAACAUGGCUGUUUUUAUUUGCAUCACUGCAGCGUUGCUGGUGGCUGUCUCGGCAGCAGCGCCCCCCGUCCCGCCAAGGUUCUACCAGGGGCCUGGAAACCCUAACUUUCAGCCCGGGCUGGAGCAAUAUUACUUAGACAACGCGGAAGUGGCGAAUUAUUACAGCCAAGCGCAACAGAAGCAAGGUCAAGUGAACGCGAACGCGCCAGCUCGGCUGGAGAACCUGGAACCUGACAGCGAAGUGGAGCUGGUGCCAGGAGUGCAGCAGCCGCAGCAGCCUCCUCAGCAGAACCCCGUAUCGCCCAACUUACCGGGCUUGGUUCCUGGACAGCGAGUGUUCAUCGUGCAUAUGCCAGUCGCAGGAUAUAGGCCCGGCACAGUUGGCGGGUACCAGCCUCUAUACAUUGUAGCUGCAGCACCUCAAGGAGGCAACGCUGCUGGAGGGUAUGCAGCCAACGGAUACCAAAACGCAAUUCUCCUCGAUCCUUCCGGCCAAGCAGUGCUGUCUCCAGUGAAUGGCUACUACAGACCCGGCCUUGGACCUCAGCAGGGCAAUCCUGGACUCCUGUUGGGAGCGCCUAUUGGCUUGCAGCGACCUUUCGACUUGGCGUACCAAGAUCCUAAUCUUGCGUACCAACAAGUUGGCCCUCAAGGACCGGGCCCAGAGGGUCAGCAGAUCCGCCUAGCCGUGCCAUUCCGCCAGACUCCCGCCGCGAAUACUGCUACAAAUGCAAACCAAUCAGCAGCACCUGCCCAGCAGAAGCGCGUCGGCCAAUCAGCGGAGAGUAGCGAGCUGAAGGAGGAACCGAAGCGCAAUGCGAUACCGGCGCAGGCGCAGCCGCCGCGCAAACCUUAGACCUAGCCAAAUGUCUGCAUAGUAGAUCUUGUGUUAACAUUCUUAGGAUUUUGAGUCAAAUCUGUAACAAUGUCAAUGUUCAGGGUCAAAUUUUUAUCUGACAAAUAUUUAAAGUCAGACGCAGGUCGAACGCGAUUAAUUAACAUUUUUUUUCCAAAGUUUCGGCCAGGUUGCACUGGCCGUGGUCGCGGAAGACCGACGACGUCCCAGCAACCUGUCACUGGGUUUAAACAUGUGCACAAAGCGCGAGAACUUAAAAAACUUAACCGCGGAUUUCACCUUGUCUAUUAAGGCUUAGUUAAUUUUCUCGUCCCAGUUGCAUUAGCGUCAUUGAGAGAUUGGGAACUGUUAUUUAUAACUGAUAGCUGGUGACCUUUGAAAGUGUUAACAGAGUUUACUUAUAUGUUCCAUAUACCCGACACCCGUACAUACUUCCCUAGCCGAUCUUUUGAAUUGAGAUUUCUGAAUUGUUGACAUUUUACAGAUUUUAAAAAAUUAGUGAAGCGGCAAAACAAGCAAUCGAUCACAAUUUUCGAAAAAUAUUGUCAAAACUUUGAAAGUUAGAGUUAAUAUUUGAAAAAUUAAAUAUAUCAAUACAAUCCAGGUAUCUACUCAUAAGGUGUAGAUACAGUUUAGAAAUGUGAUAAUAGAUAAUGUGAAUAUUCUGUGAUUAGGUCAGCUUAAAUAAUUAAUAUUUUAGGCAUAUAUCCAUAUAUCCUAAGAACAACUGAAAGUAUUUUCAUGGAAAAUAUUUCGAUUUGUAUUUUUAUUUCAGUUUUAUCAUAAACUAGAUUCGUUUUUAAUAUUAUGCCAACUCUUUUAAAAUUGCUGACUGCUUAACCUCAAUUUCAUUGUAUUUUCGACUUAUAAUUUUAUUGUGCAUAAAUUCUAUGCACUGGGUCAUGCUCAUGAUCAUGAAAAUAUUUAAUUAUGAAUUUGAGAUAAUACUUUGAUAGGAUCAACGAUUAUGAUAUUAUAAUAUCUUAGUACCUGAUUGACCUUAUUGUAGAGCAUUGAACGAAAUAAAAAAGAGUAAUAAAUUAA